UGAUGGAUCUGAGGGCUCAGCCACGUCUCCAUGAACAGCAUGACGCUGCUCUCUUUAUAUUCGCGCUGAUGUCUCGUGAGCGCGACGGGAUCGUCCGUUUUGUUGGGCAUCGAUCUAACGUUCCCCACGAUCACGCAGGGGAGGACAGGUCUGAAGCGGCGGCUCUUCUCUUCUAUAUCUAUAUAAUUGUAAUGACAUGUAUUGUAAAUACGCGACCACAAGGGGGCGACAUAUAUGAACAAACGCGCGUUCUCUGUCACAUAAAAUCAUGUCAUCACAUAUUGAUUCCAUGAACAUGAAUUUGAACAUGAAUCGUAAAAUUUCAGCUUUUUUCAUGUGUUAAAUAGCAAAGUGGCAGCGUGAAAUCUGAGGGAAAUGAAUUGUCUCAAUGCUGUCAAAACGAAAAAACUGAUCCUAGUAGAGUACAGUAGAAACUGAUGGUAAAUAUUUAAGUUUAUUGUUGCUGCAACUGAUUCAAUCUGUUUGUUAGAAUUAAAUAGGACAAUAAUCUAGUCUGUGCUGGUGACAAGACACUAGUGAUACUAGUGAGGUGCAGUAGUGGCGUCAGAAUAAUGAGGAAGUGCAUCGCGUGCAAGCGUCUGCAUAAAGUCUGAGGGCGACAUGUUACAGUAUGUGAAUGAAUUAGACACAUCACUGUCCUGCUGCUCCUCAUCUCUGGUUUGCUCCACAAUCUCCCACCUGGUUAAUUGGUUCUGGUCUGUAUGAGACACAUGCACUAACUGUUCUCCAGGUUGCUGAUGUUCUACAAAUGUGUUUAGUCAUGUAUGAAACUUCCUCUUUCAUGUCUGAUGUGAUAAUUGUAGAAAUGUGAUCAUUAUAUUCAUUCUGAUCUCUUUAUUGUAUGAAGCUUCAUUUAGGAGGCAUCACUUCUUUGAAAGACUGAUAAUGUGUCAAAGUGUGUGCUUUCAGAAUGACAUCUGUGUUUAUGAAGCUCAGUUAUCUGACUCUGGCUCCUUCUUCACACACGUCUUCACUGCGAGUCACUGACUCAAACACAAAAAAUGUUGUCAUCAGACAAUAUAUUUUAACUAUAUCUUACAUGACAUGUUUCUGUUAGCAACACUUUUGCAAUGGAAACCACUCGUUUUAUGUGUAAAGAGAAAGUGAAGAGUUGAUGUAUUUAACUUAAUUCAAUUUAUGAUUCAAUGCAGUUUUAUUUAUAUAGCGCCAAAUCACAAAAAAGUUAUCUCAAGGCACUUUACAAAGUAAGGUUUAGGACCUUAUACAACUAAACCCAACAGAUCCCACAUACAGCAAGCCUUUCUUAAAAACACAACUAAAUAUGUGUUUACUGAUGCAAUACAUAGGUAUGAACAUUUGCUAAAAAGACAAACUAACACAUUUGUGCAGCAGGAAGCGUAAACUUGUGGUCAGAGCUGUUGAGUGAAUAGGAAGGAAGAACAGAGCAGUUCUGAAUCAGGUGAUGAUCUGUAGCUUGUGUCUUAGUGUUUGCUGUCAUUCCUCUACAGCGACAGUGUGUGUGGAUGUGAAGAUGGAGCUGACUUUGCUCUGUGUACUGUCAUUAUUCUUGCUAAAUACGAAAAUCGACGGAAAUGAUGGUGUUUCCUAUAGAGUCUCUGUGACCAAACAACCCAGCUGGACUCAGAUGUUCAGUGGUGAGAGCAUCACUCUCACAUGUGAGAUCCAUGGAGGUGGAGACGCUCAGUGGGAGUAUGAAUGGAGAACAACCAGCUCAAACCAACCUGCUGAUAAAACUGGUAAAGUGUUGAAGAUCAGAGCUGAUGUGUCUCACAGUGGAGACUACUACUGCAUGGGCAGAAGAAGCGACGAGUCAACACAGUGGAGUGAUGUCAUCACACUGACAGUAACAUCAGGACGACCCAAAGCCAGACUGACAGCAGGUCCAUCAAACAUAUCAGCAGGAGGCAGCGUGACACUGAGCUGCUCUGUGGACGGUUCUGAUGGAUGGAAAUAUGAGUGGUACAGACGGACGUCAAACGAAUGGACAGAAGCAGGUGAUGGAGACAACAGAGAAAUCAGAGUCACACAAGGAGGCGUCUACAUGUGCAGAGGAAGAAGAGGAAAACCUGCUUUCUACACUCAAUACAGUGAAUAUGUCACCAUCAAGAUAACUUAUUCUAAUUCUGUGUCUGUGAGUCUGCAACUGGACUGGACUCAUGUGAUCAGAGGUCAGAUCACUGUUAGAUGUGAGAUCCAUGGAGGUGGAGACACUCAGUGGGUUUAUGACUGGGAAACAACCAGUGGACAAACAAUCACACAGAGAACAGACACUAAUUACUGGACAGUGUCUGCGUUCAGCAGUGGAGGCUACAGGUGCAGAGGAACAAACAGACAGGACCCAUAUUCUUCAACACGGUGGAGUGUGAAGAGUUCGUGCUUUAACUCACGUACAAAGUCAAUGAUUAUUGUGUGUCUUCUUAUCUACGUCAGCCAGCGCUUCUAAACGUUGCACGAACAGAACCAAUGAAUGGCCUCACAUCAUCCUUAAAUCUGCUCCGGGACCGUAGUGCAGGUCCGGUUAGCACCAUGUUAUCAGCCACGUCCUCAUGUUGCUAACAGCGGCAGAUCCACGCGUCACAAACAGUGUGGCUCCUGGCGUCCAGUGUCUGCAGCGUCUCACGUGGCUAGCUUGCUAGCUCAGCUAGCUAGCUAG